CUUCUACCCAACGAGAUAAUCAUUCUUCUUCCGAGGGAGGGAGAGGGGAGACAGAGAGAGGGAGCGAGAGGGAGAGACAGAGAGGGAGGCAAUGGCAUCAGUUGCAACCAUGUCCAUUCUGAACUCAGCACCACCAAUAAGGUACACUAACAAAGUCAAUGUCCCAUUCGUGCAUAGGGAGGUGAUCAACAUAAGCUCAUCAUCAAAGACAUUCAAGAUUUUUUCAAGAUUAAAGAAUAAGGUGGCUGCAACGAAGGGGGUCUCUGCCGUAUGUGAACCCCUUCCUCCAGAUAGGCCACUAUGGUUCCCAGGAAGCUCCCCACCUCCAUGGCUUGAUGGCAGCCUCCCUGGUGAUUUUGGUUUUGAUCCGCUUGGGUUAGGUUCGGACCCAGAGCUGCUGAAAUGGUUCGCCCAGGCUGAGCUUAUGCAUGGCCGAUGGGCCAUGUUGGGUGUCUUUGGAAUUCUUGUCCCAGAAGUGCUACAGAACCUCGGCUUCAUCGACGAAUUCUCAUGGUACACUGCAGGAGAGCAAACUUACUUUGCCGAUACGUGGACCCUGUUUAUAACCCAAAUGGUGCUCAUGGGCUGGGUAGAGGGUAGGCGAUGGGCUGACAUGCUCAACCCUGGCUGCGUCGACAUCGAGCCCAAGUAUCCAACCAAGAAAGGCUACAAACCUGAUGUGGGUUACCCAGGCGGGCUAUGGUUUGACCCAUGGAUGUGGGGCAGAGGGUCGCCUGAACCAGUCAUGGUGCUGAGGACCAAGGAGAUCAAGCAUGGGAGGCUGGCCAUGCUAGCCUUUGUUGGCUUCUGGUUCCAGGCAGUCUAUACAGGCGGAAGCCCAUUGGACAACCUGAUGGCACACUUAGCUGAUCCUGGCCAUGCCAACAUCUUCUCAGCUCUGUCAUCUCAAUGAUGCUGGUGUAAAUGUUGCAUUUGGAGAUGCAUGUUUAUAAGCAUGGUAAGGCGAAAUUCAAUUGUCCUAUCACGAUGAUCAUGAUGGCUUCCUUAUUCAAAAUCAAAAUCAAUUGGUUCUCUCUGUAGCCCUUUUUCUUCCUUUUUUCCCCCUUUUUUUGGGGAAAUCUUUUACUUAUUUUCCUUGUAUUGGCAAGGGUGUGGUAACAACAAAAAAAAAUACCCUUGACAGGGUUAACAAGAGUUGGAAAAUAACGUUUGCAGUUGUUGAGUCUAAAAAGAAAGCUAUUAGUCAA